AUGAAUAUUGCAUCCUUGUUAGUAUUGUUCACGGGAGUGGUGGUUUUAACCACUCCCUCUCUCGCAGAUUACUACAAACCGCCUAAGUAUGAACCUAAGCCACCUUAUUUGAAGCCUCCUAAGGUAGAGAAGCCAUUCCCAGAACACAAGCCACCAAUUUACAAGCCACCAAUCUACAAGCCUCCAAAGAUUGAGAAGCCACCAAUCUACAAGCCUCCAAAGGGCCACCUUGCCACGAAGAAGCCACCAAUCUACAAGCCUCCAAAGUUUGAGAAGCCACCAAUCUACAAGCCACCAAAGAUAGAGAAGCCACCAAUCUACAAGCCUCCAAAGUUUGAGAAGCCACCAAUCUACAAGCCACCAAAGAUAGAGAAGCCACCAAUCUACAAGCCUCCAAAGUUUGAGAAGCCACCAAUCUACAAGCCACCAAAGAUAGAGAAGCCACCAAUCUACAAGCCUCCAAUUAUAGUGAAGCCACCACCUUAUCACAAGCCAUUGCCUCCUUAUGGUCACUAUCCAGGACACCCUGCAGUUGAAAAUGCUGAAUAUAACAAGCCAAACAACUGA